AUGUCUUGCCGACGUAGUGGCUUUGAAAGAGAGGCUAGCAAUCUGCCGGUCAAACGACCAAGAUUAGAUGGUAGUAAUUCUGAGGAAUCUAACAAUGAUUUAAAUUCCCCUGUUGAUAAUAGCAAAAGACAACAGCUUGAUAGCUUAACUUCCAAGUUUAAAGAAGUUUGCAAUUUAGAGAUCUGUCAAGAAACAAACAAUGAUUUUUCAGCUUUUAAUUUUCGAAUAUCAAGUAAAGAGGGAAAAACUAAAAAAAAAGAAGAAAAUGCUCAAAAAAGGACGACUUCAACCUCCAAAUUCUACGCUCAACUUCUCCAUUAUGGCUUGGAGCAAGGUCAUUCUACCGGUGACAUUAAUACAAUAGCCAAGUUAAUGGAUCACACGGAAAAAGAUAUCACUAUGCUAGAAAAUAAAUUUGAAAAAAUUUGUGAAGUAGUCGAAAAGAACGGCCAAUACAAUGGUAACGGUCCAAAUUAUUUUGGCACGGGAGUCACCAGAUUUCAAACUUGUUCUAAAGGAUGCACAUGUAUUGUUAAAACCUCCCAAAAGAAUAUAUCAACUUGUGCUGCUUGCAAAACACCCUACAAUCCCAACGUUCAGGCAAUAUUAUUAUCAGUCAGAGAGAAUUACCGAGAAAAAUUUAAAAAUAAAAAAAUUGCAGAGGUGGAAUGGCUUAAUGUUAAUCGAUAUAUUGAAAAUUUACGAGCCCAGAAAAAAGACAGAACACCAGAACAUUUACAGCGUAUGCUAAAUGAUGGUUUGUUUGAUUUGGAAAACUCUAAAAAAAAGAAGAAGGUUAUUGACAUUCCGUUCGUUAUUGUCAUGGAUGCCAUUUCAGUCUCUGCGUCAACUCAUUUGGGAUACAAUGCGACUGGGGGGUUUAAUCUUGCCGAGAAUUCUCUGCAAAUGAAAUCGUCAGAAAAUGUUCAUCCAAUUUACAUUUAUCCUAAAGUAAAAUCACACGUACCUUCAAAUAAGCCGAUAAAGAAACAACAAAACGAUGCAGAAUCUUCCGAUGACAAUUUUAAUCUCGAAGAUUUUUUUAAUGCUGAAAAUGGGGGGGAUAAAAAUGCUAAUGAAGAUGAGUUAAGUAUAGCGGCAUGCGGCGUUUUUCAGCCUCUUGUUGAUGAAUUUACUUCAUUGUCUAAAUUUGGCUUUAAAGUUUACGACGCUUUUAACAAGGAGGAGAUUACAGUGAGAGUUCAUUGGCUUUAUACAAUUGGAGACAUGGCCGCUGUUUCUGAAUUAUUAGGUGGGAGGUACGCAGCCAACUUGCGGUGCUGUGUCCGCUGUAAUAUAUUCAAGUCACCAUUAUUUUAUAAAGAAGGAAAGUUUACUAGAAGCGUGCUGAGUUUCAUUCACAGUCCCUGCCAUACAGAGAAACUAAGCACUUCGGAAUUUAUAACAAAAAAAAAGAAAAAUGGUGUUUAUGAUGAAAAUAAAAAGAUGGAUUUAACUAAUAACUAUUAUGAGUCCGAGAUUUUACCUUAUUUUGAUAAAAAAACUGGAAAAGUCUCUGACACCUUGAUGGCGAGCCAGCAAGAGAUAUAUGAUCUUCAGGAACCUAAUAAGAAAAUGAAAAAAUCAACACACAUAGGAUUCAAAUUAAAAUCACCUCUUUUUGACCUUCCUUACUUUUCUCUACCCUAUUCAUUUCCUCCAGACGUUAUGCAUGCCCAGGCAAUUAAUAUUUUAAAGCUUUUACUGUCUAUUAUUUUAGAUCCAUCUUGUGAAGGAAAAGUAAAGAAUCAAAUAGGAGAGAAGAUUGACAUAUCCGGAUUUGUAUUCAAUGAAGAACAAAUGGAUGCUUAUUUUGAAUUUCUUGGUUUGUUGGAUGAGCACACCCCACAGGCUUUCAGAGACAAUAUCUGUAAACCAGAAAAAAAGACAGCUACUCUAACAUAUUGGCUUAAAUCUGCAGCUCAGGGUGAAGCUUUACUGAAAUCAUUAUAUUUACUUCGUGAGUUUAUUCCCAAUCUAACAGAAAGACAAGAAUAUUUACUAUUUCUUUAUUCACAAAUGGCAGUUCUAAUGAUGAUAAACAACUCAAGCCAUAUAAAUAAGGACCUUAACUUGGACCUUGUUCAGGCAUCUUGGAACAAUGUCAUCCGAACUUUUGAGAGGUUAGUGACUUUGGGGUAUAACAAAAAUGGAUUUAUAGGGACAUUGCCAUUGCACACCAUGCUUCAUACACCUGGCUAUUUGAAAAAAGUUGGUCCACUUAAAACAUUUAGCUCUUAUGCUACCGAACGAAUGGUCAAAUCAGUUAAAGAAUCACAGCAAAAUAGUAGAUAUCCGAUAAUAGCACUCUGCAAUUACCAACUAAAGAGCUACGUCAUAAAACUUAUUUUCAUAGGUCAAGCGACACCAGAAAUAUUAAGUCCUACUAUGAAGUUGUCUGGUAAAACAGAAGAGUGUACAACUGAUGACGAAUUAAAAUUACUUGACCUCUUAAAAAAAAGUCUAGUUAAGAAUUAUCCCAAAUAUGGAAAUGGGAAGAAUCAACUUUCAUCUAAUAGCCAUACAAGCUAUAGUAUGAAUCUUUUAUUUGACAAGAAGACGGGAAAUUUUAUGAGCAAUUCUUUAGAUUCUGACACAUAUUAUUAUCGGCGUUAUAGAAAGAUUCAUUGGAACACAUCAAAAUAUACCGCGAUUGCAAGUAGCUCUAAGUCUGGUAACGCCACAAACGAACUAGACACAUUUGUCCGAGUUACUGAGUCAAGAAAUUCAUCUGCUUCUAAAAGUCCAAGUUACUAUGCAAAACUCCUAGAUUGUUUUUCUGUUCGCAAAGAAACAGAAGAAGUUAGUGACCUGUUUGCAAUCGUUGAAAAAAUCCCGGAAAAGUCUUUAAAAAGCCUGGAUGUGGAUACCGAUUACAACGAUGUAAUAUUUGGUGCUAAAAUGAAACUAGGGUUUUAUUGGGAAAAUGAGUACAAACAAGGUGAAAGGAUUGUGGUGCCUUUAAACCGAAUUGCCAAUCCUGUUUUUAUAAUACCACAGUACAAUUUUCGGUUGUCAAAUUCAAAAAAAACAAACAGGUUUUUCAUUUUGGACCCAAAUGUGUUUCUUGAAUUUAGUGUGGGAUCAAAAACUUGUCAACUUUUGUUACUUGAUGAACAUAUAAAUAUCAACCAAAAAGAGUUGGAUUAUAUUGAAAAAUUUCUUAAAAAUAAGGAUUCUGUUGUGAUAAAGACAUAUAUGCCUAUAUAG